AUGUCACUCAUGUCUCCAUUCCCGGGGAUGGAUCUAAGUAAAAUGGAUGCCCCGACUCUGACCCUCCUUGGGGCAGCUGGUUGUGUAAUGCUGACUAUGCAUUUCACUGUGCAAUUGGUGUCACAACAUCUCUUCUAUUGGAAAAAACCCAAGGAGCAGAAAGCUAUACUUAUUAUUGUGCUAAUGGCUCCACUAUAUGCUAUCUCUUCCUUUGUGGGUCUUCUUGAUAUCCAGGGUAGCAAGACAUUUUUCACAUUCUUGGAUGCUGUUAAAGAAUGCUAUGAGGCACUGGUGAUUGCUAAGUUUAUGGCAUUGAUGUACAGCUACUUGAAUAUAUCCAUCAGCAAGAACAUAGUCCCUGAUGAAAUCAAAGGGAGGGAGCUUCAUCAUUCCUUCCCUGUUUCUCUUUUCCUGCCCCGCAAUGUCCGAUUGGAGCACAAGACAUUAAGGCUUCUGAAGUAUUGGACCUGGCAAUUUGUUAUUGUUAGGCCAGUAUGUUCCAUUCUGAUUAUUGCACUUCAGCUUCUUGGGCUGUACCCCAGUUGGGUCAGCUGGACGUUUAGUAUUAUACUAAACUUUUCAGUCUCCAUGGCCUUAUAUGCCUUGGUUCUUUUCUACCACUUGUUUGCUAAAGAGCUGGCACCUCACAAGCCUCUUGCAAAGUUCUUGUGCAUCAAAGGGAUUGUCUUCUUCUCUUUCUGGCAGGGUUUUGCGCUCGAUAUUUUAACUGAAGCAGGCGUGAUCAAAUCCCACCAUUUCUGGCUGGACGUGGAGCACAUCCAGGAGGCGAUCCAGAACGUCCUGAUUAUCCUUGAGAUGGUCGUGUUCGCCGUCAUCCAGCAAUACGCAUACCAUGUCGCCCCCUACAGCGGCGCUGACAGGGCCAAGUUCGAGAAGAAGAACGAAUGA